AUGGCACUCCGAAGAUACUUUAGCGCACAUGGCAGGCUGCUGACGGGGCUCUUGCAGCCCCAGGCAAAGCUUGGGCAGAGUGGUUCUCGGCAUAUUCAGACGAAUAUUAAGCAUGGGAUGGUGGCGAGUAUAUGCCAAAGGGCUGGUGUGCAGCUGGCACAAACAGCCAGACGAAAUGCGCAGGCUACCGAAGGUAGUGACGACAGCAGAGUCGGGCGUGUGCAGCUAUUUAUGAACAGUGGGAAAAAUGCCUCCGAUCUUUUAUCCAUUAGUUUUAAACACCAAGUGGGCUGCAGGGGCCAGCAGCAUUGGUCCAGCGAGUUCGUGCGGUCGAUGGGGCGGAAGAGCGCAGUAGUUGCAAAGUUCGGGCUGGUGCCUGGGGCAUUUCUCUACAACCACCUGGCAGAGACGCCAGAGGAGCCAUGCGCGCUGGAUCAGAAGAUAGGUGGCGAGCCGGGGUGGCAGCCACAGCGGCGAUCGGCACUGCAGGGUGGGCAGAUGCGCGUGGGUUGGCAGACCGCGGGCAGUGCGGGUCGUUUCGGGCAGAUGCGCAGGCUUCACGUGACAGGACGACGGUUAGAUUCGCACAAGUGCGAGGUGUGUGGCGGACGCUCCGGGGACAGCAGGGCAGCAGAAGAAGCCAAAAAGCGGCUGCAGAUCGCGGCGCCAUCGCAGCAAAAGGCGCUCCCGGAGCCAGGACUCGAUGCGCUGUUCUUCUACCAGACGUCGUCGCGGCAGGAGAUUCUGCAGUCGGUCAGCGGGUUCUUCCCGCGAUUGCGGAUGCGUCUGCGGCGGGUGAUGAAGGGGUCGUAUGCAAAGCGCAAGUGGACGGUGGACGAUGUGUUUGCGCUGGCGUCGUGGGUGCUGAUGUCGCAGGCGAUGCUGCUUCUGGUGGGCACGACAACCACGGUGUCGGUGGUGCUAUGGCUGCUGAACCGGCUGCAAUACCAGGAGUGGAUAGCGCGGCGGCUCAGCGAGUGGGUAUCGGCGGGGCUCGGGAUCACGGUGUCGUUUGAGUCGGCGAUAGUGCCGGCGUGGCGGCACGGGGCGAUCCGGCUGACCAACGUCAAGGUUAGGUGCGGGCCCGAGCACGGGGUGGGCGGCGAUAGCAACUUCACAAUGUACGAUCUGCGCGUGGAUCAGAUUGACGUGACGCUGUCGCUGUGGCGGUGGAUGGACGGGCGCGGGCUGCUGCGGGCGUGUGCCGUACGCGGGGUGCGCGGGGUGGUGGACCGGCGUCACGUGUGGUGGGACCCGGAAAUCGACUACAGCCGCAGCGAGGCGCGGGCAGCGCGCAUGCCGGGACAGUUCGAUCUGGACGGACUGGAGAUCGAGGACAUGCUGCUGACGGUGCAUCCGUGGCAGGGGUUCCGGGCUAUCACGUGCUCGAUAUACUCAGCCAGCCUGCCGCGGUUCCGGGACAGCUGGCUGCUGUACGACAUGCUGAAUGCCAAUUCGAUCGUGGGGAUGUUCGACGGCAGCCUGUUCACGGUGCACCAGGCGCACCAGCAGGGGCAUGUGGGCAGCAGCUUCUUCCGGCAGCAGCAGCGGCAGGCGCGGGCGGCGUCUGGGGCUGGCCGGCGGUCGACGCACGUGCAGAUCGACAAUCUCAACGUAGACCAUAUCAGCGCAGGCGCCGAGGGCCCGAUCGGGUGGAUCACGUCGGGGCGGCUCAAUGUGUCGGCGCUGAUAGACUUCCCGGCGGGCGGCGCAGGCGGCAGCGACUCGGUGCGGGUGAUCCGGCAGCUGGUGGACGAUCUAAGCGACAGCAUCGAUGUGGUGAUUCUGCCCAGCACGCCCGACUGGUCGCAGCCCGAGCAGUCGACCAACGCGCUGGUCCGCACACUAUACUAUCUGGACAUGGUCGACUCGCCGCUGGCGCAGGGAGUGCAUGAGCUGAUGGCGCGGCGGGCCGAGCGCGAGUCGCAGCGGCGGCUUGAGCGGCAGCGGCGACGCACGGCAGCGUGGAGCCGGCCGAUGGAGCCGCUGGCAGCGCACCAGACAGGCACAGGGUUGCGGCUGGCGGCUGGCGAGGAUGCGGGGGCGGUGCUGGUGGAUCUGCAGGUGGAGUUCAAUGACAUCCGCACGUCGCUGCCACUCAGCACACCACAGCUGGGCGGCAAUGCGCUGGUGUCGUCGGUGCUGGUGCGGCCGGUGGUUGCAUACAUGAACGCUCACCGCACAUCGCUGCCCAUGCGCUGCCAGCUGCGGCUUGCCAAGGACGAUUUUGCUGGGGCCUGGAGCUUCUGGGACUCGGGGGCUGACGAUCUGAUGACGCAGGGCAUCGGCGCGGCGUUUGCGCAGCUGGCGUAUGACGACCGCGAGCGCAGCCGCCGCAUCAAGCUGGUGGGCUGGUGGAGUAUGGUCGCAGUCGCGCGGCAGCUGGCGCGGCUGGUCGAGUUCAUUGGCGGGCAGCGCAGUUUCUUCCACUUCCUGGGGCUGGCGCCCGAGACCGACCGCGUGUAGCGGGGAGGAGAGAGAAAAAAUCAGUUUAUUUGAUUUGGCGGGCAUUGCAGCGCUCCAGCCAGGUACUUUGUCAGGUUAUCGGAUGUGGCCUUUAGCAGACCCAGCGGCGCCGUGGUCUUGCUCAGCAAAAACAGCCGCAGUGCACCUAGCCGCGUCACGGCCACGCGGCCAAACUCGCAUUCAACCAGAAUCAUGGCCAGCUCGUUGGUGCUUGCUGCCGCCGCUGCCACUUCGUCGUCCUCCUCGUCCAUCUCAGCCUUGCUCUCGAUCAGGCUGGCCAUGUUCUCGUACCCCUGCCACAAGCUGGCAGCAAUGGCCAGGUCGUCGUCGAGCUGCUCGCGCGCGCUGAGC